AUGGAUUUUGGAGCGUUGUCCAAAAAUAAGUUGCCUCGUUCUUCUAUCUUUCCUCUUAUAACUUUUGGAUUAAUCUUUUCUCUGGCCAUGAUGAAUUUUUAUCAAUAUACAUGGAUGAGUGAUAUGCAACAGAUAUUACACGAUAUAUCUUCAACUUGGUAUAAAAAAAACUAUCUUCUUAUCCUAUUUAAACUGUCUUGUAACCUUCUAGUGAAAUGUCGGUAUCUUCAACAUACAUGCUGGACACCGCUACAAUUGUAUACUACAUCUAGCAUUCUGUCUACACCUCCAAAUUCUCAAGCCGGUCACGGAUCACUGUAUACCCGGUGGGGUAGAAAAACCUGUCCUGAUACUGCUGAACUUGUGUAUGAAGGUGUGGUUGGUGGUCAAAGUUAUAAGGUUAUUGGUGGUGGAAGUAAUCUCUUAUGUCUACCUAAAGACCCGAUUCCUGCCGAAUUUACUUCAAAAGUCGAAGCUGCUGCUAGUAUAUAUGGCGCUGAAUAUCAACUCGAGGCCUAUACAUCUGAUUCUUUGUUUUCUUUUGAAAACGCUAAAGAACUUCAUGAUCACAAUGUUCCCUGUGCUGUCUGUUUGACACGAGAACCUGCAAUAGUUAUGAUGUUACCAGCCAGAACAGUGUGUUACUCUGAUUGGAAGACUGAGUAUUCAGGAUAUUUAAUGGCUGAGGCUAACAAGCACAACGGCAGAAAUGAAUACGUGUGCGUGGACUAUGCACCAGAAACAAUUGCAGCAAGUAACGCAAGUGAAGACGCAGCUUUACUUUAUUUCGUUCAGACUGUUUGUGGUUCAUUGCCAUGGUCGUAUAUCAAUGGUCUAGAAUUAACCUGCGUUGUGUGCACAAAAUAUUGAAUACAGUAUAGUGGAAUUCGAUUUCAUCUGGAUAUGUUUACGGUUGAUUUACAAGAUUAAAUUUAUGAGUGAAUUUAUAAAGCAUUAAUUCACCGAGAAGAAUAAAUAGAAAUCACAUGUAUAAUAUUUGGUAACGUUGUCCUGUAUUCAAAUGAUGGAAAUCAUUAAAAUAAUUUACAAUAUAUUUUUGUCAGAAUUUAUUCCUAAUUUCCGCAAAUGGGCAUUUUAGAUUUUGAAAAGUUUGUGUGCAUAAUUCUAUAGAAUAUUGCAUACGGUUCCGUCCAUUGUUAUAGUUAUAUCCU